CAUGGAGGUCACGGGCAGCACCUACCUCGGGGACUAUGUGCAUGGCAGGAUUGAAGGGAAAGGCCGCUACACUCUCCCAACUGAAACCAAAUAUAAUGGCACAAUGAAAGAUGGAAUGUUUCAUGGCAAAGGAACCUUGUAUUUUCCUAAUAGAAGCAAAUAUGAAGGAAUCUGGGACUGCGGAAUAUCGAAAGAGGGGAAAUACACCUUUGCAGAUGGUCUUGAAUUCAAAGAUAAAAAAUGGCAUUAUUGUGAUGGCUAUGACAGAAGAUUUUAUACAGAAAUCUGUUCCGGCCUAAAACCAGCAGGUAUCUCUCAGCUUACAAAUUUAGAUCCUCCCAGAACGAUUCCACAAGGCUGUUAUGACUGUGGUGAUGGAUUCUAUAAUACUAAUACCAGAGUUGUCAUUGACUACAAACUCAGGUUUUUGAGGAACGCAGAUGAUGAUGAACAUGAAUGGAUCAUUCGCACCUGUCGGAAAGGCUGGGAUGAAAUAACUGGAUUUAAACCUAAACAGUGAACACAGCUUUAGCUUCUACCCUGAUUUUGGAAAACAUCAUUUGAUUCAUCCUUAAGUCUGAAUGUCUUGGUGGAUUUAGAUCAGUCCCUACCAUUAUGUGAAUGUAGUUUUAUAGCCUUUGUUAGCAUAAUAAAACUGGAACCAUCAUUUAAUCAACUACGUUCACAUGAAGCCAUGGAAAUAAGCUUACUAUACUUAUCCUAAUAUUCCUGAGAGGUGUGCAGUGUAGUAGGCUCAAUAUAUACACGUGACGUUAUUAAGCCUUAACAUACAAACAAUUUACAAAAGAGACUGCCUCAAAUUCAGUGCUGAAGGCAUUCAGCUCCAUUUUAGCAUUUUUUCCCCAGGUCCCAGUUAUCUGUCUGGGUGUAUUUCUUUACCCUCCUUUUGCUCAGUACUUUGAUAUUGACUGAUCAUUGUAAUAAUGUACACCAGUUAUUCUUUAAUGACUAGUUUGCUAACUAGGAAAUUAUAUCCAUUUACCAGGAACAUUUGUUGAACUCUAGUUUAACAAAAUAAUAAAAGAGAAAAACUGGGUGG